CCGCUGACGGUUGCAAACAUAACGUUCGUGAAUUUCAAGUAGAAAAGCGGAUUUCUCGCGCGAUCUUCUUUUUUUAACGUGUAUGUGUUGUGUGUUUGGCGUGCGGCUAACUUUGUUGUUGUUGUUAUAGUGUUGUUCUUGGUAACAACGUGCAGUGCGCGCCUUUAUAAACAUCUUAAAAAAAUUCUUUUGCCCAAAAUUGCACCUGAAACAAGAAGGAAGCAAAGCGAAGCUUCACGAAGGGAGAAAAUUAAGAAAAAUUGAAGCCGCAGUGAGGAAAUCAAAGUAGGAACAACCACAACGCGUUCGGGAGCAGUCAUCGCAAGAUCACAGAACGGGACGCAUCAUGACUUUCUACUGGUGGUCACACUGGUUCUGGAUAACCCUCAUCCUGACUGUUAACUUGCUGUUUAGCCAUGUCCACACAUAUCCCAGCCAGGAGGCGGAAUCUCUGGCCUCCAGCCCGCAUCCGCAUCCGCAGCCUGUGCGCACCACCAAGCUCUACCAGACGACGGUGACCCAGACGUGGGGCCCAGCCACCCAGAGUAACAUCAUGGACCUGACCCACCGACCCACCACCAGCAGGCCGGCGGUGACCACCAGUUACGUUGGCCCCGAACUGCCGCAGGUCGAUGAUGUUGACCAGGCGGUGGAGCUGCGGGAGGAGGUCAUUCAGGAGGAGGAAGAGCUGCAGGAGGAGGAACUGCCGCCCCAUGAUCGCGAACAGGAGGAGGAGGGGAAUCCGGAUCAGCUGGAGUUCAAGCGAUCUGCAGACUUCACCUCCGAGCAGAUCAACAACUUUACUAAUUUCAGUAGUAGCACUAGUACAAAUGGCAGCAGCAGCAGUAGUACCACCUCCAAGCCCGUUCCGAUCAGCAGCAGUAGUCCGGCCACAACCACCACCACAACCACCAGAGCGGUGGCGAAAUCGUCGACCACAGCAGCAACGCCAGGGAACGGAGCCAGUGCAUCCACAUCCAGAUCUACAUCCACGCCAGCGGGUUCGGCGGCAACUCCGUCGACGCCCAAGAUCAACACGGAGUGGCUAUCCGAUGAGCUCCUGGCGGGUGCGGGAUUGGGGGGAGUGGCUGUGGGUUCAGGGGUCACGAGCGAGGGGGAAAAAGCGCCGUUCACUCUGGAAAAUGCCAACAAGGAGGAUGAACUCAGGCGGGCCGAAAGCGAGCAUAGAUCGCGCAAGUCCAAAGUCCUGUCCGCCGAGUAUAAGCACAUCAAUCGCUACAUCAACUUCUCCAGCGACACCAAGAGUCUGCUCACGAGAUCCGCCUCAGCGGCGCCCAGUGUGGCGGGGGGCGUGGCCGGAUCCGGUUUCUACGAUGGAGCCAUCGGUGACGAGGGCAACGUCUCAUCCGAGGCCCUGGCCAUUCAGCGAACGUAUUUCCUGGAUGCGGGUGCCAUUUCAGCGAUUUGCUUCACUGUCUUUGGCGUUUGCUGUACAGUGGGCACCAUCGGCAUCGUACUGUAUCGUCGUCGCUAUUUAAAUAAGCCGCAGGCCCUCAGCGAACCGGACUCGAGUGUCUACAUUGAUGACAGCACCAUGCGGUUCUCCCUUUUGAUAUUGCAGGACAACUCGGAUGAGAUGUACAGCUUGGACAACGACUCGUUUCUCAAUUCGCUGGAGGCGAUGACAAUACAGAACUACUGGACGGAUACGGUCAAACAUACAAAGCUUUAAUUUCCGGCCUCUCCCGUUGGAAGUCCCCCUCAUAUUUAAUCGAUCUUAGUUCCAUUUCGAUUUCGUUUCGUUCUUUUUAUGGAAUUUCAUUCCGGAUUCAAAACCAGACAUCAUAAUCAUUAAGUAGCGUAGCGUUUAAGCGUGUGUAUGUAUUUACUAAUGUUAGGCAACCAAACGAGCAACUAGUUUAAGCCCAAACUACCAAAAUUAUGUUUAGUGUACGUGUAGAUCCUAAGUGCGCAAUGUUUUUGUUGGUCUUGGCUGUUAACAAAAGCCUCCCUAAGAACUCUCCCACUUUUCCACAUCCCAAUCCAUAUACACGGCCUGCUCUCUGGAUAAACCCAAUCGUACUCGUAUCUGUUAAUUAAAUAUUAAACCUUAUUUAUAUUGUUGACUAUUUUAUCGCCCCCGAUACCCAAUCCUUAUUUUAUAAACCUAUUUAUUAAGUUUUCAACUUUGUGUGUCCAACAAUUUAACGCAAUCAUUCCUUCCAGUUUAGCCUAUAGAGCAACUUUACACUGUAAUUAAUGUAUUAAAAGCGAAACAAGCAAACAACAAUUAAAAAAAAACAUCACAAUUACACAUCGGUGUUGCUAGAGCUUUGGCAAAAAUAAUUUAUUUCUAGCGGACAAAUAUUUAGGAAUCUUCUAGUAACAUAAGAUUUCUGAAAGCAACAUUUAUAUGAUAAAAUUAAUUUAAUGGGGAAACAAAUCUGGCAAUAAAUCGGGCAGAACCACUUUAUUUUUACUGAAAAUUUAGCAACACUGUAUAGAAUUGUUUCAAUAUAUAUACACAUAUAUCAAAAAAGAAAAAUAAGCUAACAAAGAACAAGAAAAACUGUUUACUGCCACACAAUCCUUGUCAAUUUUGCUCAUCGAACUUUUAUACACCACUUGUACUUGUAUUAACCGUUCGAAUGUUGCAAAUAUUAAACGAAAAACAAACCGACGAAACAUUAAUCAUUAAAUGCUAAACUAAAA